AUGUUCCGCCGUCUGUCUCAAGUCGCCCACCACCUGUCACCAGCCCCCUCCUUGUACCGACCGUCGGCAUUAAAGAUGGUGGUUUCUGCAGGAGAGCGCCAGGCGCGCACAAUUCACACGGCGGCAUGUCUGAUUAUUGGAGACGAAGUCCUUGGCGGAAAGGUACGCCACACCGCCAGCCCCGGCCGUACCAACUCCGCCUACUUUGCGAAGUGGUGUUUUAAGCUAGGGAUUAAUCUGAAACGGGUCGAAGUGAUUGAAGAUGAUGAGAGCGAGAUCAUUGAGGCAGCUCGCAGGAUGAGUGAGCGAUACGACUUUGUGGUGACCAGGCACGAUGACAUCACCUACCAGUCCAUCGCCAAGGCAUUUGGCCUCCCACUGAAGUUGCACGCUGAAGCGUUCGACAAGAUGAAGCAGAUGUCCAAACCCCACCCCUCGCAACCUAAAUUUGACUGGGACGUCGACUCACCUGCCUUGAAGGCUAAGUUGCGCAUGGUAGAGCUGCCAACGGACGACACCCGGGAUCUCAAAGAACAGGUGAUCUUCUCCGAUGAAGACGCCUGGGUUCCUGUCGCUGUUGUGAAUGGUAACAUUCACAUUCUACCGGGAGUACCACGUAUAUUUGAGAAACUCCUCGAUGGGUUGAGCCCCAUUGUGCUCCCGAGAUUGGCAAACCCAGAGGGCAAGGGAACGACCCGGAUUAUCAUAUCAACGCCAAUGUCGGAGAGUGCUGUUGCACCAUACCUGACGCAGCUCGCGGAAAGAGUCGAACCUCAAGGAAUCAAAGUUGGUAGUUAUCCUCGCUGGGGCAAGACACGUAACACAGUGACACUGGUCGGAAAGAACGAAGCGCUACUAGAGAGUCUCGUUGCCGAGGUCGAGGCGGGCGUGAAGGGGCGACGAGUAAAGACGGAAGGUGAGGAUGAUUCUGAAGCCGAGGAAGUGAAAUAG